AUGGCCAUGGGAUCUUUGUGCCAUGGAAGCCGUGGCUCACGCGUCUUCCUGCUCGAUGCUGAACGUUUGAUAAGAGUCAAAGGGCUUUCUAGCCACAACUCUGAGAUAGUCAGAGUCCUUCAUCACACCUAUACCUAUAUGAGGGUAAUUGCAGAGGCUACCUACCCCUUCCUGGAUUCUGAAAGCGAGUCUGAUCGCACAAGCUUGCUUGGAGUCGAAGCAAUUGCACCCGGUAGUUUUCAUAUUCGAGAGGAGUCCCUUAACACAGGUCUAGAUCCCAACGAGGAAAAGAAUGAGACAGUCGGGUAUGCAGACAUACACCUUGAGUCACAAGGUCUUUGGCGCGAGACGUUACAUUCGAACAUACACGGCAUCCCUGAGUCUCUCAUGACACUGUUGGCUCAGACGAUUCAACUCAGCAACGAGAAAGAUCACCUCGAAACUCGCGCACGCAGCAAUCCGAAGCUUGCUAGUGACCUCAAAACGCACGUCAAGACUCUGGAGGGAAGAAUAUGGACCUGGACAAUUGAAUCCGAAAUAGCAAUACUAUCUGUGGCCGGCAAAUCGCAGCCCAUCGAUAACGAGACGAACUUGAUCACUCAACCUUCUACACAGUCAAUGGUACAAGCGAUGCAUCGAGCGUUGAUCAUCUACUUCUAUCGCCAGAUACGCGAUGUUAGCGCCAUGCUCCUCCAAACCGUCAUCGAUCAAGCUUUGAGGUACUUGGAGUCUUGUCUUGAUUCAAUGGUCAGAGGCGAUGACUUUGCACUUGGUAUUGCGUGGACAGUCUAUAUUUGCGCCAGGGAAUCCAUAUCUCCAGAACUUCAGGAGAGAGCACUGAAGUGCAUCAGCAUUACUGAUGCCCGAGGGCUGCAUCUUACUUCAAAGCCUUCUGCUGAGGCAGUUUCGUUGCUAUGGGAAAAGAGGCGGCCACUGAAGUCGUUGAUUGAUCAUAGUUUUCUCCUGAGAGAAACCUUAUGCCUUGGUUGA